AUGCCUGAAUCAGUAGCCAUCAUAGGUGCAGGGUUAGUAGGUUGUCUUGCCGCAUUGGCAUUCUCCAAAAAAGGCUAUCAUGUCACACUGUAUGAUUUUAGACAAGAUCCUAGAUUAGACACCACUCAAAAUAAAAAUUUAAAAUCAAUCAAUUUGGCUAUUUCUGCCCGCGGUAUUGAUGCUUUGAGAUCAGUGGAUUCCGGUGCCUGUGACCGUAUUUUGCAGGAUAUGAUUCCAAUGAAAGGCAGGAUGAUUCACGACUUAAAAGGUGAACAGGAAUCUCAACUUUAUGGUUUGCAUGGGGAGGCCAUCAAUUCUAUCAAUAGAUCUGUAUUAAAUAAUAACCUUUUGCAUGAAUUAGAAAAAACUCCAGCGGACUUAAAGUUCGGUCAUAAGUUGGUUAAAGUUGAAUGGACAGACGACAAACAAAUCUGUCAUUUCGCUAUUGGGGAAGAUUCGAAAGCAAUAUCACAUACCGAAGAAUUCGAUUUUGUUAUAGGAUGUGACGGCGCAUACUCUGCAACGAGAUCACAAAUGCAACGUAAGGUCGAAAUGGAUUUUUCACAAGAAUACAUGGAUCUACGUUACAUCGAGCUCUAUAUUCCAGCCAGUAAGGAAUCGAAGCCGGAGUAUGACGGAAAUUUCGCUAUAGCUCCUGACCAUUUACAUAUAUGGCCUCGUCACAAAUAUAUGUUGAUUGCGCUCGCCAACAGCGACGGUUCGUUCACUUCAACUUUCUUUGGUCCUAAAGAUCAAAUAUCAGAUUUGAUAACUUCAAAGUCACGUGUGAAGAACUUCCUAGUCGAAAGUUUUCCUGAUAUUGUGACUAUUAUGAAUUUGGACGACGCAGUGGAAAGAUUUAUCACGUAUCCCAAGGAAAGUCUUGUUUGUGUAAACUGCAAGCCAUACGAUGUGCCCGGUGGUAAAGCGAUUUUACUCGGCGACGCCGCACAUGCAAUGGUCCCAUUUUACGGUCAAGGUAUGAAUUGCGGGUUCGAAGAUGUAAGAAUCCUGAUGGCACUAUUGAAAAAACACUCAGGAGAUCGUUCAAAAGCCUUUGCUGAGUAUAGUCAAACAAGACACAAUGAUCUUGUUUCUAUCACUCAACUGGCAAGGAGAAAUUACAAGGAAAUGUCCCAUGACGUCACGUCCAAACGUUUUCUAUUUAGAAGAAAACUCGACGCUUUGUUUAGUAUCAUGAUGAGGGAUAAAUGGAUACCUCUGUACACUAUGGUAUCCUUUAGAUCCGAUAUCUCGUAUUCUAAAGCUUUGGAGAGGGCUGGAAGACAAACGCGUAUCUUGAAAUUCUUAGAAUCUUUGACGCUGGGUAUAUUAUCUGUCGGUGGUUUCAAGCUUUUCAAGUUUUUGACCAAAGAACGCUCUUAA